CGCACAUAGAGUAGCUAGCUGAGAGAGACGGGCAUGGCGUCGAUGUAUCAGGCUUCUACGGCGCAAGAGCCCGUGGUGUUCCCCCUGUCCGGCCCGCCGGUGUGCGUUUGCUUCGGGCACUCCUUGCAACGAGGGUGCCUGCGCUCCGUGCAUGACCAGAAAACGGGUGCCAGUUCCAUCCAACUAAGCGACGACGAUGUCGUCCGCCGCAACAGAACCCCGGCCGAGAAGUUCUACCUGGAGCCGUCCAAGCAACACCAGGGGCUCGUGCACGUCCGGUGCUCCGACGGAGACAAAUACUGGGUCGCCCAGGCCCAGCAGCAUGGCGGCGGCGGCGGCAGUACUCCGUGGUUCAUCGCCGCCACCGCGGAUGAACCAGAGGAAGAUCUGACCAAGCCAUCAUGUACCUUGUUCCAGUUCUACGCCAGUUCUGGCGCCGGUCUCUUCUUCUUCUUCUUCUUCUUCAUUUAGAGAUAUGAUUUAUUACCUCCGUCUCAAAAUAUAAGACUCUUGCUUUUUCUCUCUCUGAAUGAAAUCGGCAGAGCUCCUUCCGCAAAAAAAAUAAAAAUCGGCAGAUCUCCUGCCUUGCUUGUAAAAAAGAAGACAUUUUUGUAAGCUAAGGAUUUGAUUUCCAACCGAUAACAACAUGUAGUGGUUGCUUCUAUGAAUGGAAAAUUGGAAAACAUGGAUUAUACUCCCUCCAUUCCCUUAUACAAGACCACAAACUCAAAUUACAGGUACCAAGGUAAAAUUUAAUAACUUCUUUGCCAGCCAACUUUUCUUCUUGUUAACCGGGAUUAUUAAUACACCCGCAUGCAUACAAAAGAAGAAAUGAGAAGGAAGUAUUAAACAAGUUGCUAAUACGAGAACACAUCAUUAAAUUUUGCCUCGAUUAUUGUUAGUGGCCUUGUAUAGAUGCAAAACGUAUUCUUCAUAGUGACCUUCUAUAAGGGAAUGGAUGGAGUAUUUUUUUUUACUUAAGUGGAACAUGUGUUACAUGUAUGAACACGAAAGAUUUGUGGCAGGACAGUUAGUGAGGUAUUGAAAUAACACCCUGAUUUCUCAAAAAAUAUAUAAAAAAUCAUAAUACAAAGGAGAAAAACUCAUAAAUAGUCAAUACAAAAAGUACCGAAUUAAAGAAACUUCUAGAAAAGGGAAAACCAGAAGUUAGGAACAAUUAAAGGGGGAGGUUAUUUUUUUCUGAAAAGACGAUUGGAUAAUAUCACAAGUAAUUAGGAAUAUUCAUGCAGAAUCAGAAUGUGUUUUUUUCAACAAUUAUAUACUGCUUUGUUAUGCCCUGGUCUUCCAUUAUAUUCUAGAUGUUUUUGCCCUAGACGAUUGGAUAAUAGCAUUACUUUGUAUUUCUUUAUGAUUAUUUGUAUUGUUUGAUUUUCUCGUACGUUUUACGGUUUUUCUGAUUGGCCCACCAAAAUAUAGAGCCCCAUUCUAAGGUUCUUAACCAAAGCUGGCAUUUUGCUAAUGUCGCCGAACAUAGCAUUCACCCUCGCAAAAAAGAAAUUAAAUUGAUGCAUCAUACUACCUCUGUCCGAAAAUACUUGUCGUUCAAACGGAUGUAUGUAAACGUGGGAGUAUAUACCAAGCUAGGCCGAAUAUCAACGAUAUCUGACAUGCCUAGUCUAUGAUGAUACGUAAGUUUUUUCCUGAAACAACUAUGGUGACAUAUGUCACGCGCAAAAGAAAAAAACACUAUGGUGACAUAUGAUAUUUGUUUUUCAUUGUGUCCCGGAGAAGAAUUCCUGUGGCAUAACUUUUUUGGUGGUUUGGUCUAGCGUGGCACACUUGUUACACGAAAGCCCGACACAUAUUACGUGCAUGCCUAGAUAUACCGGGGCACAUUUCGUAAGAUCCAGGUUAAACUAUCCUUGACGCAUAAAAAGCGCCACCUUAGCUGAUGUGACGCUCGACACGCCUUUUCAGACCAUCAAAAUGUAUCAUGGGAAGUGUUUUUUUCUCGAGAAUCAUGGGAAGUGAAUUGGCGACCCAUAUAACCACACGGCAGGUGUGGUCGGCUACUGAAAUGAAAUGGUCAAAAAGAAUUGCCGACACAUAUAAGUGCCCCUGAAGCUUAAUGUGCUAUAGUGUUCGGUGUUUUUUCUUCUAAGUUCCGUUAUUCAAUCUUUUUUCCUUGCUGGGCUGGAAACCUAUGAGAAACCAUCGUGCUGCUGUCAGUCAUACAGUCAAUAUAAUUGGGUAAGGCCAUAUUUUUUCAGCACUGAAACAUAUUAA